AUGGAGCAACAGCAACCAGACAUCAUGUUACUUACAGAAACUAAGCUUAAUAAAAAACAUAAGCUAGGAUUUAAAAACUACAUUAUAUACAGGACAGAUAGAGUAAAUAGUGUACAAGGUGGAGGAACAGCAAUACUAAUUUCUAAGAAAAUACAGGCUGAACCGCAAUUCAUUCCAAUGCUUCGGGAUAACAAAUGUCUUGAAGCUACAGUCAUCAAAUUGAGAAGAGAUAAUAUAUCUUUGUUCAUCAUUAGCGGAUAUGCAAAUCACAAAAACAACAAACAUUGUUUUAUUAAUGAACUAAAUUCACUAUUAACUUUUCUAAAAGUUCAACACUUAAAUAAUUAUUUUGUUUUAGCUGGCGACCUUAAUGCCCGAUCAACCGAGUGGGGAGAUCAUGAUUCAAAUUUAAGGGGUGACUACCUUAAAAAAUGGCUUGACGAUGAUGGUCUUAUUUUUCGUGCAAGACUAAUUCCUCCUUGUGAACCAACAUAUACUAGAACUGGUACCUACCUGGACUUAUGUAUCAUAGAUCAUCGACUGAAUGUGGGUAACCUUCCGCCUGAAAAUUCCAUGAAAACUAUUGAAUAUGAUAGCGACCAUAGGGUAACCACAUUGAAUGUUAAGUUUGACAUUCCUAUAGAAUGCCCAGUUGAUAAUCAAAUCAAAGUUGUUUAUGAUUAUAAGGCAACUAACUGGCAAGCAUUUGCUGAAUUUCUACAAACAAGUUCGACGACAGAUAUACCAGCUACUAGAAAUCUUAACCGUGAUGAAAUUAAUGAAUUCUUUCAAGCAAUAGAUAACGAAAUUAUCACAGCUAUCGAACACAUGACACCUCAAAAAGAUGUAAAUAUCGACAGUGUUCUUAAAUACGUCAAUAAUAAAAUAAGAAAACUCCAGCGAGUCAAAUCCAAACUUCUCACAAUUAGACGCAAAAUUAAUACUGGUAAAAUAAAGGUCUCUAUGAAGGUCAAAAUGGAAGUUGAUACUACUAUCGCUGAAAUCAAGGAGCAAAUCACCGCUGAAUUCAGAGAAACAAUCAGCAACUAUUGGAAGAAACAAGUACAAGCAAUAGAUUAUAGAAGAUCGGAAAACUUCUUCCCCAAGAUAAAUAAAUUACUGACGAGAAAACCUCCGCUAACCAUUGAAACAUUAAAUAUCAGUACAGAUAAUGAAUCAAUAAUCUCCAGAGCACAUAUUGCACCAAAUGAACAAGCUGCUGACCGCCACAAUCUAGUCAUCAACAAUCCCAUAGAUAAACUUAAUCUUAUUGGAGCCACGUUCGAAAGUAUUAAUGCACCUAAAUACCUUAAUCAAACCUCACGUCUUACUCAUAUUAUAUGCAGGAUCUCAACUAUCAUCACUAGAGUUUGA